GUCACGCACUCGUGUAGCGGCGACGACGGGAGACACACGUUUUGACGAAACAAAAAUAAUUUUGCUGUUUGUGACUUGUGUUGGCUGUCCACUGAAAAAAGUUCAUCGUCACUGAACGAUCCGUCCACAAUGGGUGGGUUUGCAUGGGUCACAUUGGCCACCAAUGACUCGUACUCCCUUGGAGCACUGGUAUUGGCGAACUCAUUGAGACGUGCGGGGACCAAACAUGAUCUGGCAGUACUCAUCACUCCUGGUGUCACCCAGUCAAUGAGGGAAAAAUUGUCGAUGGUCUUCACUGUAGUUCAAGAGGUCAAUGUCCUCGACUCAAGGGACGAGGCGAAUCUUGCACUACUGGCUAGACCAGAAUUGGGGAUCACCUUCACGAAAUUACACUGCUGGAGACUCACGCAAUACGAGAGAUGUGUUUUUGUUGAUGCGGACACUUUGGUGGUCAGAAACUGCGAUGAGCUUUUUGAACGAGAGGAGCUAUCAGCUGCUCCAGACGUAGGUUGGCCAGAUUGCUUCAACUCCGGAGUAUUUGUGUUCACACCGUCACAACAAACAUUUGCAUCAUUAACAUCGUUCGCAGCAUCCCAAGGAUCCUUCGAUGGUGGUGAUCAGGGAUUACUGAAUUCUUAUUUCAGCGAUUGGGCUCACAAAGAUAUAUCUAAACAUCUUCCCUUUAUCUACAACAUGUGUUCGACUGCGACUUAUUCAUAUCUUCCGGCUUACAAACAAUUCGGAGACGACGUCAGGAUCAUUCAUUUUAUCGGAAGUACGAAACCCUGGCUCCAGUACUUUGACUCAUUGACCGGUGAAGUUCAACCAACCCCAGGAAGUAAUCACCUCAAGCCACUUCUCCAACUAUGGUGGAAUAUCUUUUGCGAAAGUGUUCAUCGUGAAUUAUCACCAGUAAUGGCCAGCACAACUUUGGCUCUACACUGGCACGAUAUCCUACUCCCUAUGGCCCCAAUACCCAUUAACACGAGACAUCACGUUUUUCAUGACGCCACUGACCGUACAACUGAUGAAAUUGACGCGAUUUCUCCACAAAUACCUCCAGAUUUUUCGGAGUUUAGGGAUCCCUGGGAGAAUUAUAACAAAGAAGAUUCUCACCCACUUGAGGAUCAUUACAAGGCACAUGUAGAACCGUUUCAAAUUCAUCAUCAUGCAUUUGUCACUUCUGAUGAUGAGCAAAGUCACAAUCAUGAUCGUUCACGUAGGGCGCGUAUUCAGGAUCAUCAGAUUCACGUUCACCAUCAUGAUACCUGUUCUAAUAUCAAUAUUCCUAGCAUUCAGACACGACAUUCUGAGAAAUGUGAGCCUUCAGAUAGACAAAAUAAGCAUUCAGAUAAUUUAACACACCAGCAAUGCCAUCAAAUUUCUCCCUCAUCUAUCAAUUAUCAAUCACACCAGUCGCAAAGUCCUCAUCAAACUCAUAAUCCCAGUCAUGAAGAACAUAAGCAUCAUGAACCUGUGUCAAGCUCUCAUUUUCAUGAAAAUGUUCAGUUCAAUAAUUCUCAGAAUCAAAGUCAUCAUAGGGAAAAUCAUAGUUACAGUCAUGAAGAGCACAGACAUCACAGUACUCAGUUUUAUGAAGAACCUAGUGAUUGUUUAUCCCGCCUCCCUUGUGAGGAUGUACCUCAGGAAACUAGCGAUAAGGAAAUUAGUAGUUCAUCCCAUCACAGGGCAGACAGACUGACAGAUCAUACAGCUUCGAAAAUCGAUGUUAGUGCAUCACAAUCCCCUUCCCAACCCUGUAUAGAAUCCUCAAGUACAACAACGCACACAGAGAAACAAUCCGGCGAUAAUGAGACUAGCGAUAGUGGUAUAGCUGGAGCACUGGCGCAACUGACACUAGGAGAAUCGAGGAGUCCGGAACAAACGGCUCUGGAGGAGCACAUGAGGAAAUACAGUUGGGAACAGGGACAGAUAGAUUACAUGGGACGUGACAGCUUCGAUAAUAUUUGGAAGAAAAUAUGUACAACGCUUGAUGAAGCCCCAUCGACAAAAGAGAAGACUCCACCGAAGGAAACGACUCCCCCAGUGGAUGAAGAAGAGUCUCCCUCGCUUUCUGCUCCUACUACGACCGUAGCUGCUGCCCCAAUAAAAGAAGCCGAGGAAGCCGUAUCCCAAAAACCAGACCUGAUCACCAAGUCUCAACCCGAAAAUUUACCCCAAGAACCGACCUCAGACGUAACCCUUGAACCCCAGGCAACCGCAGCAUCGCAAGAAGCGCCAAUACCCUCAAAAGAAGAUCCCAAAGAAUCAUCAACUCCAACGACUGAGCAACCUUCUUCAUCACCUGCUGAACCGCUGCGCAUAGCCGCAGCUCCACCCCUCCUUUCCCUCGCUUCACCACCUCCAGUCUUAUCACUGACGUCGUCACCCCCAGUUUUAUCGAUCAAAGAAGCUGGAGAGAAAGGCCAAGUAUUGACGACCCCACCAGUUAAACCAAAAGAAGAAGAACAAGAGAUUCCAGAAGAAACACGAGAAACUGUCAUCCCCUUAGGCUACACCUCCCCCACGACCUUCGAAACCACAACAUCCCUCAAUCUCGCCGAAUCCGAACAGCCGCAGGAACCCCAGGAUGUCCCUGAGAGCUCAGUGCCCAUCCAAGUAGCUGAAUCCGUUCUUGAAGCAGACAUCAAGGAAUCUGUCUCCGAGCACAUCAAGCCAGUGACUGAAGAGGCAAUCUCAUCAAUCUCUGCACCCGUCCAAGAGUCGGUCUCAGCUAUUGUUGAGACCCUGGAGCCUGCUGUACCAGCCCAGGCUCCACCAUCCCUGGAAGCAGUGCCCAAUCACGAAAAUGGCACUGGGGGAUUCGAUUCUGAUGUCAAAUCAGACGAGGAUACACCAGUAGUCGCAGCAAGUGCUGGUGUCGAUGCUGUGGCGGCACCUUUGGCACAACCAGAGACAGUAAGCUUGACUUCCCAGGCCGAAGUCACUCCAGAGAAUGCGCCUGCUGAAGCCCCAGUGGUACCUGCGGAACCACCAGUGCCUGAGCCUGCAGCACCAGCUGAGGAGGCUCCUGCGCCCGUGAGUCCAGAAGUUCUUCAACAGCUCCCUGAACCACAAGUGAAGUCUUCAGAACCAUUGACUGAACAACCAAAAGUCGAAGAUCCUCCGCAGGCUGCGGAGCCUCUUGAUACAUCCCCACCGAGAGAAUCCUCAGAAGAAAGCCCAGAGCCAUCCCCCAAAUCAACAUCACCCGAAAAAUUUCCAGUCCCAUCAACACCAACAGUAACUGAAGCAACACCCCCCACCAGUCCUCAGUUUGAAUCAUUGGAGGGUCAAAGCGAAGAGGGAAAAUCCGCCAAGAAACCAGUUAAAAAACUGGUGAAAAAAAUGAGCUCAGAGGAGAAAACAGAGUCAAGUGAGGCUGACGAGGUAAAGAAGCCUACGAAAAAAGUGGUGAAGAAAGUCGUCAAGAAACCGAAAGAGGGUGAAGAGGGAGGUGAGGCCAGUGCCUCAACGGAGAAACCGAAGAAGGUUGUGAGAGUGGUGAAGAAAGUGCCCAAAGUUGAGACUCUUCAAACCGACUCAUCUGUCCCAGAGACACCACCACCACCAUCAGAUACCCCAGUACCACCGAAGAGAAAAGGAAAACCAGGGACUACAAAAUCCACCAAGAAACCCGAAUCCGAACAAUGAUAAAACUGAAAUAAUCGAUAUUUUCUAAGGUUUUUUACACAAUAUUUUAAUAAUAAUAGUUGUGAUGAUGGGGGGUUUCUUGGCAGUGUUCAACUAGUCUGUGGUUUUCUUUGUGUUUUUUUUUUAAUUGUUAUCAAUAAACCCUUCGUUACUCACCUUUAACAAACAAUUGCUUCGGACUUUUGUUCUUAAAUAAAUUGAAGUGUAACAUUAAUUUCACAGAAAUGGUAUGAAAUACUUGGAGGUUCUGAGUGUAAUAUUUACUUCAUUUUUUUCUGGAAUCGAUAAAGACGUGAUAAAAAAAAUCGGCAGGUCUGGGAUAAGUGUGUAACGAAGGAUUAAAUAAGAAUAAAUGAAUAAUUCAAACUAUGCACAAGUCAUUUUAUCAUGAAAAUUCAGACUGACUGUUGCGAAAGCAAAGAGCAGUGUUACUACUUUGUACUAAUCGUUAAGAGUCGCAUUAUACUGUUUCUUCUUUUUGUUAUUUAUGUUCACUAAUGACAAAAUCUUCUUCUUUAAUAAGAGAUUGUUUAGCACUCGCUUUGAGCAUCAUUCUCUUGUACGGCCAUUCUAGGUAUAUUAAUUUAUGUAACGUAAGACAUUAAUUUCAAUCGUGUGAACUUUUUUAAUCUCUCAACUCGUUAGUGAAGCAUCACUCCUUCACAGCAGUUUGCCAAAUCGAUUCUAUUCUAAAUUCAUGACUUUGAGAUUGUAAUGAUUUAAUCCUGUUAAUUAUUCAUUUCAACUAAAUGUUAAAUUGCAAGACAAAAUUGCAAGAGAAAACCGAUCAAGAAUUAAUAAAGGGAGUUACGUACAGAA